CUCCCCCGUUCAUCUUCGCUACACGCACAUCCAAAGGUUGAAGGCUGGUGCUUUUGGGAUAAAAGAAGGGUCAGCGAUAUAUUUCUUUGCGUUUUUUAGACAUUAUACCCGCUGCUACCGAUUGAUUAGGUCCAAACGCCCAUCCGUCCCUGCACCCAAGACGAUCCAAAACCCGAGCCCAAGAAGAUCCAAAAGCAUACCCAAUUGAAUCAUCGGAGCAUUUUUCUUGCUUAAUUACACACCUAACAUCCUUUUUUUUUUACUUCUCUUCCUUCACGAUGAGCAGAUUGGACUCCUUCCAAGGGAAUAACACACGAUACUUGUACCACCUCUCGGUAAAGCUCAACAAAGUUGGCUUUUUCCAGACUUACAUCACCAAUUCACAGUACCAGCUCUUUAACCAUAUUCUAGAAGCUGUCCAAAGCUCUGGAACGAACUUUGAGCUAUGGGAACACUUUAUAAACGCAAACCUCUCUCUCAAAAUCGAAGACGACGUGAACGAGCCGGAGACUGGCGCUGAGCGCGAGACGGUGGAGUAUCCCUUCGCUGAGGGCACCUCUACCCCCAGCAAGAUCGCCUUGCGGAUCAGACACUUACUCUGGGAGAAGGCAGUGGACUGCUACUACCAGGAAGAAGCCCAGAGCGACGACGACGACUGCUACGCGAUUCUUGACACGGUAGAGGAAAUCGACGUUCAAGACGCCGUGAACGGAACUGCGGAGCCCAAAGUCAGAGAUGAGGAAGAUGACUAUGACGAUGACGAGGAAGAGCCAAACGAUAUUAUUAUCGCAGACACCGCGCCCGAAUAUGAGUACAACUAUAGCCAACAGUUGGUUUUCGCGGAUGAAGAAAAAAAGGAAAAGCCCAAGGAAGGUGUAUCUGGCCAGGAAGAGUUAGUCAAAAAGUUCCGCAACAUCUACCACCUCUUUGACACCGACAAAGAGAACUUGGCCAAGCGCCGCAAGUUGGAAGAGUACGAUAAACAACUCGAGACGUAUGACAAACAGAGUGGACCCCAGACCAAUGGCCACAGUCAUACAGCCCCAAAGGCUAGCAUCAAUAUGAACUUGGGGGCGGCAAACCUUUCCUUAAAGCAUUUGCUCAGCUCCAUCGAAAACAACCGAGACAAGUUAUCGUUAUCGGACGCUGAGUUGCGAAGCUUGAUCUUUGACGUGCGCAAAAACCGAUCGAAAUGGGCUUCCGACGACAAAAUCGGCCAAGAGGAGUUGUACGAGGCGGCGGAAAAAGUAGUAAUGGAACUUCGAGGGUACACCGAACACUCCACCGCGUUCUUGAACAAAGUAUCUAAGCGUGAGGCGCCAAACUACUUCCAGGUGAUCAAGAAACCGAUGGACCUCAACACUGUGCUCAAGAAGCUCAAGACGUUUCAGUACAAAUCCAAGGCUGAGUUUGUAGACGACGUGAUGUUGAUAUGGCGGAAUUGUUUGACAUACAACUCGGAUCCCACACACUUCUUGCGGAUCCACGCGCUCGCGAUGCAGAAAAAAGCGUUGGUAUUGACUCCUCUAAUCCCCGAUAUUGUCAUUCGAGACCGGGCAGAGGUGGAAGCAGAAGAGCAAAACGAUGACCACAGUACUCCUGUGACCACCAGGGUUCUGGGAGGCCAGAAGGGACACACCACCAAGGGCCGCAAGCGAACCAGCGAAGAGGAAAAGCCAAUUAUUGUUGCUGCCUCUGAGUCCGCUACGCCGUUGCCGAUUCCAGGCACCCCGGUCUCUCUCUCUGUGGUUGCCGAGACCCCGGCGCAACUAGAAGAUGAGGAAGAAAACGAUUUACAAGAGGAGGAACAAGGAAGCUCGCUGGACCAGAAGGGGGAGGACGAUUUAGAGCUCCAGACAUGGAAAAAUAUCACCUCCAAGGCGCGAGCCGAGUACUGCUCGCAGCGCGCCGAGUUGUUCAAAGACAACAGGAUCCAGAUGGACAGCACGGCCCUCUUACGAUACCCGGACCAAAUGAAAUGCUUUAACGAAUACCUCCACGGGCACGAGGUGGUGUCUAAAAGCCACUCGCUUUUGGAGAACGAAGAGCCGUACUUGAUCGAAUAUGAUGUCACGGCAGGCAUUCCUUCGUUCAAAUACCUGGGGGUCAGCGAGAGCCAGGCCGUCCUGCUUGAGAGCAGGCUCGUUGACCAGGCUUUAGACGCAGAAGACACCCGGUCGGACUUUCUUCCGCCACCCGGAGGGUUAAAUGAAAAGGUCAACGCAAACAUCACCGAGAUGCAGGAAAUCAAGAAGGUGUGUUUCCGGAUCUCGCUCAUCCGCCAGAUGCAAAGCCAGCAGUUUGUGCAUCACACGCAGUUGCGGCCGCCAAAAACCGAGGCCAUCGAGGACUCUGACAUCGACCGGAUUUCUAAGUUACCCAACCACGAUCGGUUUAGUCAUCCGGUCCAAUACCUGGCGUUGAAGCGCAGCUGUGCAAAGAUCGCGAUGCAAAAUGGGUUUGAAACGACCGAGCCGUUUGCGAUGGACACACUCACCCAAAUUGCAGAGGAUUACAUGGGAAACCUUGCACGGACACUCAAGAUGCACUGUGAAACGCCGUCCAUCGCGGCGCUUGGUAACUCUGAGGUGUUGCUCAUGGCGCUCAUGGAGAGCGGUAUUGAAAAGCCGGAUAACUUGUACACGUACGUGCGUGAAAAGAUCUUCAAGCAGCAGACACAGUUAAAAGAGCUCAAAGAGAAAUUGUCGCUGUUCUUGAAAGAGCUCUUGCGGCCGGGCAUUCAGGACUUGUCCGAGACGAACUUCCAGGACAACAGCGACCAGUUCCUCACGGGCGACUUCACGGCGGAGCUCGGCGAAGACUUUUUCGGCUUCAAGGAGUUGGGUUUGACGGCCGAAUACAAUAUGUCUGGGCUGUCGCUUCCGUUGCACCUACUCCAUGCGCGUAUCCACAACUCGUACCUCAGUCAGGACGGCAGUAACGUAAAGAAGAAGUACGACGACUUGGUUGAUCUCAGCUACCCCGAAGUGAUGGCGUCCCAGGUGUCUGAGCAAAUCGGUUUAUUAGGACCAUUCUUCGAAGGUGCGGCCGCCCGAUCGAAGCAAUUUAUGGUGAAACAGCAAAAGAAGACGGGUGAAGGUGAAGCUCUUGUUGAUGGCCAAGACUACAAGAUUAUGGAAGACGAGGACUUGCCGCAGAAGCAGAGAAAUAGCCGGCCGCGCUUGCCUCCAACCGGGAAGAUUGCAGGAAUUAAGAAGCGCCCCGUAGCGAACAGUUUCUUCUUGGUGGGGUAGUGGUACGAUUAGAAAAAAUAAAUGGCGAGUUGGGUGUUAUGUGAACUAGAAAAUUGAUGCUUCAACAAGCUUUAUGGGGUGUGACUUGAGCAUAAUCUUUGGUUAAAAUUACAGGGUAGUUAAACCUUAACGUUGUGUGGACCUGAAUUUAUGAAUAAUAAUCGUCAGUGCAUUAGUCUUAUACCUUUCGUGUGAGAGUUUAAGGAUAGCUUUUGAUCAAUGCCUGUAUAGCCGUUUCUGGUUGUUUUGUUAAGCUGAUUCAAUUAGAUACCGAUAUAUUGAUCAGUCCAAUUUGUGUCAGCGUUCCUACACUAAUACGCAUAU